AAAUUAGAUAAUAAAAAAUAAAAAAUAAAGGAAAGAAAAGACCUUGAUAGAGGUAUACGAAGAGAGAGAAAAGAGUUAUAGCAGCGAUCGAAGCUUCAGCGAGAGCAGAGAGAGAGAGCUUCAUUUUAUCAGCAAACCUACAGAAACUUUCAUCACAAAAAUGCAGUCCCAAUUCAAUACUCUUUAGAGAGAGAAACACUUCUGAAGAAGAACAAGGAGAGAGAGACCCAGCAAAGAAGAAAAAUAGAAAAGCCAGGGGGCGAAGCUCUGAAAGCCAAACCGACUGGGUUACUGAUUGGGUGGUGUUCGAUUUAUCUGAAAUUCCUUUACUUUGUUGAGUUCGUCUUUUUCGCGAAGAGCGUCUUGUUCUGGCCCCAAAGUAUGGUGAUUUUAAACUUGUGGUUUUGAUUUGUUAUGAUUUUCGUGAAUUUAAGCUUCGCUUACGUGUUUUAUUGGUGGGAUUUAGUGAAUUUCGCUACUGGGCUUGAUCUCUAGGGUUUUGGUUCCUAGAAGAUGAGAUUUGGGGUUGCAUUGUAUGUUUUGUUGGAUGGAAGAAUUAGGGGUCUUUCUGAUUCAAGACUGACUGCUAUCCAGUCAGAAAUUAGGGUUUUUGGGGAUAUUUAAUUUGCUGAAUGACUUGUACCUCUGUUUAUUGAUAUAUGCAGAACUUUUUGAGUUGAUUUCGAAUGAGUCAUGUGCCGGGUCGUGGGGUUGUCUGGAAACAGAAAUAACUGCAAUUUGGUUUGAAUUGGGGAACUUGGAUUCUUUUUCUUUAGAUUUUGUGGAUGGUGUAUGAACCUCUUUUUUGAGAAAUGCAACCUCAGCAGUAUUCAAGAAUUGACUUGGCCGACUUGAAAGCGCAGUUAGUGAAGAGGAUAGGAGUUGAGAGGUCAAAAAGGUACUUUCAUUACUUGAAUAAGCUGUUGAGUCAGAAACUGAGCAAGAAAGAAUUUGAUAAGUUCUGCUGUAGAGAGCUUGGUAAUGAGAAUAUCACUUUGCACAAUCAUUUUAUAAAGUCAAUCUUAAAGAAUGCAUGCCAAGCCAACACCCCACCUCCAAUUCAUAUAUCAGGUCUCUCAAAACUUGGGCUACAAGCUACAAAUAGUUCUCCUGGCAGAGAAGAUGUGAACGAGCAUGGUGGAAUUGUUUUUCCGAAUCAAAAUCAAAAUGUACCCAUUUGGUCAAAUGGAGUUUUGCCCAUGUCACCUCGAAAGGGAAGGUCUGGGAUACGUGAUCGUAAGCUCAAGGAUAGACCAAGUCCUCUUGGACCAAAUGGGAAGGUAGAUAGUGUCUUGCACCCUUCAAAUGGUGCAGAAGAUAGUGGCAGUAAGGUUGGGAUGGAGAAUGGGGAUGUGACUCCAUGUGACUACCAGAGACCAGUGCAACAUCUUCAACCAGUUGCUGAGCUGCCUGAGAUUGAAAGGGAAGCAGUGGCUGUGCGGCCUACAGAAAAACCAAGGAUAGAUCGGGCCAGAGGAGCUGUUAUAGAUGAUGGGGAGGAGGUGGAACUGUCUAACUGCUUAAGCUUUUCUAGAAGUCCUUUAAUUGCACCUCUUGGGAUUCCAUUUUGCUCAGCCGGUGUAGGUGGGGCCCGCAAAACCACACCAGUUGUUAACGGUGGAGAAGCCUCCAGCUAUUACGACAGUGGUGGGUUGUCUGAUACGGAUUCACUGAGAAAACGAAUGGAGCAUAUUGCUGCAGCACAAGGUCUAGAAGGUGUUUCUGUUGAAUGUGCUAGUUUGCUGAACAAUAUGUUGGAUGUUUACUUGAAGCGAUUAAUCAGAUCUUGUGUUGAGUUGGUUGGGUCAAGGUCUACUGCGCAGGAACUAAGAAAGCACCCUGCCCAGAAGCAGCAGUUUCAAAGCAAACUUAUUAAUGGCUUGUGGACUAGUAAUCACUUGCAUAUGAACAGCAGCAACACACCCUUGGAAGCUAUGCAGGAUCCAAGACCACAGUGCUCAAUAUCGUUGCUUGAUUUUAAGGUUGCCAUGGAGUUGAAUCCACAUCAACUUGGUGAAGAUUGGCCAUUGCUGCUGGAAAAGAUUUGUAUGCAUGCUCUUGAGGAAUGAAACAUCUCCAAAGAGUUUUCCUCCAGAGCUAUGCUUGGAAGUCUGUUCUGGUUCAUAUGUCCUGAGUUGUGGGAGGUGCACCUAUGCACCUAGUUCUCUCGUCAUUGCCAGGAGGACCGGAUGAAACCCAGUUGGGGAAACCUCUGGCCCUUGCAACACGAUGAUGCCCUUUGCAUUGAGCUUAAAAUGUCUCUUAUCUGCUCACUGCAGACCAGCUCGGUCAGGGAUUAGUUAAUUGCAGCUACAUAUGGAAAAAUGUUUCAAUUAAAGACCCGUGUUUGGUUGUGUCGUUGUAUGUUUAUCGUUGACAUUGGCUGAAGCUGAACUGGUAUUACCUUUUAGCUCUUGGCGCGACUGACAGCCAGUGAAAGAGGAACCUGAGAAAGUUUUGCAGGGAAUACUGUUACGUAACUUGUUCAAAGGUGAAAUCACUUUAGAGUUAGAGUGUUGCUCUGUAUGUAUUUCUAAAAUCUGAUAAUCAAUUUGAAUUCCAGUAUCAAUAACACCUUAUAAUCCGUCGAACUUUCCUUAAUUGUAUCACUUCACUGUUUACAUUGAGUGAUUAUAUGUACCACUGCUGAGAAUUUCACUUCAUUGUUAUUAUUCAUCAUAUAUGGAACUGCUUAGAUUGA